GUGGGGGAAAAGACAGUUUCUAGAGUUUGUUAGAUAGCAGUGCACUGAGAUAGACUUUGAAAAAUCAUACUGACAGCACAGAAGCAAGAGGAAGGAAACAGUGGAGACGAGAUAACUCCACUAACAAGGAUUACUAGAUGGAGUACAAAGUGACUGUGGCUACAGGCACCUUGGAGUACUCGGGUACUAAUAACUAUGUGUAUGUAACCCUUGUGGGGGAGAAUGGAGAGAGUGAGAGAACACUGUUGGACAAACCAGGCCUGGAUCUGUGUAGAGGCGCGGUUGAUGACUACAUAGUCCGGAGCUCAGCACCUCUGGGCCGUGUGCUUCUGGUACGCUUGGAGAAGCAGAGGUACUUUUUGGAAGAUAACUGGUUUUGCAAUUAUGUGAAAGUCACACCACCUGGAGGGGAAAACUUGCAGACAUUCCCCUGCUAUCGCUGGUUAGUGGGGGAUAUUAAAAUUGAAGUACGUGAAGGCACAGCUAAAAAGCUGUCUGAUGAGAUCCUGCCUCAGGAGCUGGCUCAUAGAAAGGCACAACUGAAGGAGAGACAGAAUACUUUCCGAUGGCAAGCCUGGGCUCCAGGAAUUCCCAAAUGCAUAGAUGCCAAAUCAGAGGCAGACCUACCCCAGGAUGUUCGCUUUGCCAAUGAGAAACGCAGUGACUUUGAAAGAUCACUUCAGUUUGCGCUUUUGGAGCUAUCUCUAAAGAAGCUGGUCAUUUGGUUUGGAAGGUCAUGGGAAGAUCUGGAUGAUUUUAAACAAAUAUUUUGGAAAUUACGGAGUCCCAUUGCUGAAUACACGAUGGAACACUGGAAGGAGGACUGGUUUUUUGGCCAUCAGUUCCUGAAUGGGUCAAACCCACGGAUGAUUCAGAGGUGUAGGCAACUGCCUUCCAACUUCCCUGUCUCUGGAGACAUGGUACAGGCCUUCUUAAGCCCCAACACCACCCUGAAUAAAGAGCUCAAGGCUGGGAAUAUAUACCUUGUUGACUAUGCUAUAAUGGACGGCAUUCCAGAGAAUGUGAUCAGAGGGAAGAAGCAGUAUAUAGCAGCUCCUUUGUGUUUACUAUAUGAACAUCCAGAUGACGGUCUCAUUCCCAUUGCAAUACAGCUUGAACAGAAUCCUAAUAAGGAAACACCCAUCUUCCUCCCCAACGAUCCACCUCUGGCUUGGUUAUUGGCUAAAAUGUGGGUCCGUCAUGCUGAAUUUCAGAUCUUCCAGGUGCUGUCACACCUGCUGCGAACUCACCUUAUAGUGGAGGUGUUCUGUGUGGCCACACUGCGUCACCUGCCUUCAGUCCACCCUAUAAACAAGCUGCUCAAUCCUCAUCUGAAGUACACUCUGGAGAUAAAUUGCCGUGGACGCACACAGCUCAUCUCUCAUAAUGGAAUCUUCAAAAGAGUAGUGUCCACAGGUGGUGAUGGGCUACUGGUGCUGGCUCAAAGGGAGUAUAAAGUCCUGACCUAUCGCUCUCUACAACCCCGCUACGACUUCAUAGACCGUGGAGUUACUAAACUCAAUAAAUACUUCUACAGAGAACACAGCCUGAUGCUUUGGGAUGCCAUUGAGAAGUUUGUCUCCAGCAUAGUGUCUCUGUAUUACGGAAGUGACAAUGAUGUGGUGCAGGAUUCAGAACUGCAGGCAUGGAUUAAGGACAUAGUUGAGGAAGGCUUUGUAAAUGUUCCUCAUUUUGGGCUGCCUAAUGAACUAAAGAAUAAACAGGAGCUGAUCACUGUUUUGAGUGUGGUCAUCUUUUGCAGCACUGCACAACAUGCAGCAACCAACAAUGGACAGUUUGACUUCUGUUCAUGGGUGCCCAACACACCUUGCACCAUGCGCCAGCCUGCACCCACGGACAAGGACGGUGUCACCAUGGAGUUAAUCAUGAACACGCUCCCUGAUAUCAGCCAGUCUUGUGUAGAGAUGGCAAUCACAUGGCAUUUAGGAAGAGCUCAGCCAGACGCUAUACCUCUGGCACAGUACGAGGAACAGUAUUUCACUGAGCCAGCAGCCCAAAAGAUGAUUGAUAACUUCAGGCAGGAUCUGAAGGACAUUGAGGAGGAGAUUCUGGAGCAGAAUAAGGGUCUUGAACCACCAUAUCUCUAUCUGUGUCCUAGUCGAAUAGAAAAUAGCAUUACCAUAUAGAGACUUGAGAACAAGUCUGAAUUUUUUGAUAAUGUACUAGACAGGUAAAGAAAGCUGUAAAAAUGCAUUUUAUAGACAUUAUGAAAGAAUUUUUGAAAGAUUGUUUGAAACAAGAAGAAAGGUAUUUGUUGUAAAUCUAUAUGUUUCAGAUAUGUUGCUUUUUUGUUGUACUAACUUUACAAUCAGAAAAAAUAAACUAGAAACCCUGAAAUGCAUGUAACCACCAACAAAA